AUGUCUGGACGUGGUAAAGGAGGCAAAGCCAAGACCGGCGGAAAGGCCAAAUCCCGCUCAUCCCGGGCCGGACUUCAGUUCCCGGUCGGUCGUCUUCAUCGUAUCCUGCGCAAGGGCAACUACGCCCAACGCGUUGGAGCCGGUGCCCCAGUGUACCUGGCCGCCGUGCUGGAAUACUUGGCCGCUGAAGUGUUGGAGUUGGCCGGAAACGCCGCUCGUGACAACAAGAAGUCGAGAAUCAACCCACGCCAUCUCCAAUUGGCCGUCCGUAACGACGAGGAGUUGAACAAGCUGUUGGCUGGUGUUACCAUCGCUCAAGGUGGUGUCUUGCCUAACAUCAACGCCAUCCUUCUGCCCAAGAAGACCGCCGACAGUCAAGCCUAA